CCCCUUUUCAGAACAAGCCACCGUUGGGAGACGAAACUGCCAUAUAUGCAACACUGUUUACGGCGAACAGAAGCACUUUAAUCCACUGCCUUUCAGGGUUUCUUUGCUCCGCAGGCGAAGCGGCGACGCUCGGUCUCGUAAACUGGGAGAUAUCUCAAAAGUAGUCGAGAAGAAAUGUCAGUGGAAAUACAGCAGAACCCUCCGUAGGUCUGUCGCGGUGCCAGAAAAUCGCUCCUUUGCUGAUUCACUGAGCCGGAGUGGACCAGAGGCAGCCUCGCGAUGUGGAGCUGCGUGGGUUAUAAUGAGACAGCAGGCGGCACGAACUUGGCGCUGUGCCAAGACUUAGGCCUCGUGCUGUCCAUCCUCUCCCUCUUUUAUCUCUUCGUCUGCUUCCCAGUGGGCCUGUGCUACAAUGCCCUGCUGGUGGUGGUCAACCUGUCCAACAAGGUGUCCAUGACCAUGCCAGACGUCUACUUCGUGAACAUGGCCAUCGCCGGCCUGGUGCUAAACCUGGUGGCUCCAGUGGAGCUCCUAGGUCCGGACUUCACGCGCUGGCCGGUGUGGCGGUAUGAUGACGAGGUCUACAUCACCCUUCUGAUCCUCUUCAAUGUUUCCUCACUGGUAAUCAUGUACUCUACCACGCUGCUGAGCCUGGACUACUAUAUUGAGCGGGCGCUGCCGCGCACCUACAUGUCCAGUGUCUACAACACCAAGCACGUGUGCGGCUUCAUCUGGGGCGGCGCUGUGCUCACCAGCUUCUCCUCGCUACUCUUCUAUGUGUGCAACCAUGUGUCCACCAAGAUUAUCGAGUGCUCCGAGAUGCAGAACAAGGGUGCGGCCGAUGCCAUCAUGAUGUUCAUCGGCUACGUGGUGCCGGCUGUAGCCGUGCUCUACGCCUUCACACUCAUCCUGCGCAUCCGCAAAGAGGCCACCCCACUGGACCAGGACUCAGGCAGGUUGGACCCUUCCAUCCACAGGCUGCUGCUGGCCUGUGUGUGCGUGCAGUUUGUGCUGUGGACUCCCUACUACACCACCCUCCUGAUGCUGACGGUGACCGAUGUGCCGGGCAAGUGGUAUCGCUCGCGACAGGUCACUGCCUACAUGUUCUUAAGGGGCGUGUCCCAGCUGCUGGCCUUCUCCAGCAGCUUCGCCAUGCCACUCAUGUACAGGCAAAUGAACAAGAACUUUUCCCACAAGCUCCAGCGGCUGCUUAAGAGGCUGAACUGUGGCGAGCAACCGUGUCCUCACGAACGCUCCGCUGUGCAGCAGGUGAUUACGUGAGGGUCCCAGCUCAGAACUGUAUUCUCCUCUGCUGCACCUCACUGGCACUUGCUGCAUAACCCACAGACCCCUGGAAUGUGUCUGUAUGUGAAACUGUGGAACCCUCUGGUGACAGUGUGUAACUUUUUAACUCAGCACCUCUGGUGACCAUUUAACUUUAUUUUGUCAGACGCUACGGUGAACAAGGGUGACCAAGAAGAAAACCACUAAGUGCUGUUUUUGUGUAAGCUAUGUCUGUUUUUCUGAACACGCCUCACUGGCAAACAGGAAAUCCUAUACCCAUUUCAACCGUUCAUUCUCUCGAAGGGAAACUUGAACUUAAAUGUGGUGGUAGUCUGUUACAGAUAUGACUCAGUCUUCUAAUGUGAUGCUUUGUGACCAACCUGUUUAGCUCAAAGCUAUCUUGCAAAAGGCUCCUAAUAUUGCCAACAUUUCUACAAACCUCUCAGCUUUGGUGCGUUCUCGUCUCAGUCUCCGUUAAACUUUAUUUACUUAAUAUAUGCCAAUGUUGGCUUACUAGAAAGCACAAUCUGAGGCUGGCUUUAUCUGGUGAAACUUUCAUGCAACUUCUGUUGCUUGAAACCUGUAUGAAACAGCUGUUUAAUUGGCUGCUUGUUCAUUUCCUCCUCUCUUGAUGCCCCCAGUGCUCCUUGGACAGGAUGGGUGAGGCAUUGAGUACAAGCGCAACAGCUACUUAAACAUUAAUUUUAAAAAAGCUUAUCAUGUACAGAACAGAUUUAAAAGUCAAAUAUAUAGUAAAGAAUUGUAGAAAGAUAAAAAUAAAUGUAGAUAUGGAAAAAGAAUAGCAAUGACAGCUUGAAAAAUUAUAUAAAACUAAAACUAAAUAUAAAAUAAAAAUGCCACAAAUAUGUAAAUAUUACCUGGCGGAUUACUUUAUACUGUGAACGAUACAGAGUGAAAAUAAAGCUGCUAAUUUGGUUAACUUGUGGGAUAAUCAAAUGUGGUGCAUGCAAAUUUGUUAUUUAGUUACUUUAUGACAUUAUGUUACAUGCAACUCACAACAUGCAACUAGUUUCACAGUGUAAAGUUCCACCAUGUAAAGCCAGCCAAAAUAUCUUAGAUUAACACAGGCCAGUGGGCAUUACUUGGAAAUGUGCUAUCUAUGUAGAGAACACCCAGAAAUAUCUCAGAGAGACUGAUAACAGUGUGCAAGAAAGGGGUGUGUUUUUGUGCUGCUAAGGCAAUGUGAUCUACACUUGCUCCGCUGCUCAGACUUAUUACUGCAGAUGGAGAGGUUUCAUUAAUAUCAGUAAGGUUAAACCUUAUAGAAUGAGUUUAUAAACAAAUAUAAAGGUAAUGGAGAGCAUGAUCUACUACCAGCCUUCAUGAUUAUUACAGUUUAAAUGAGAACAGUCAGAAUAGCUGAAAUAGAAUCAUUCAUAUAGCUAAAUCAAGAAAUCAAAAGCAAGCAAUCGCUGAAGAGUCAACAAUAAUCUGAUCUGCAGGCUUCUUAGCAGCUACCCAGGUUACUGUAAUUAUUUUACAGGUGCCUGAGGACACUUGUUGAAGGUGGAAUAGGAAAGCUCCUUUAAAGCUAUUUUUUUUUAUCAUUUUUUACAAAGUUGAAAAGAGACGGGUCUUUUAAAACCAGUGAUCCUCAUGUGAUAAUCUCCAUUGAUCUAUUAGUGAAUUUUGACAUGCCAUUGAAAAGAGACUUUUUCCGAGACACGACGGCUGCAGGAAAUUCUAUACUCGGUUAAUUAUUAUUUAACUGGAUCAAAGUCCGAUCGAUGACAGUCAAAACAUUUUUAAAAGCAAAUAUGAAAGUUAAGCUCAGUUGGCUUGAUAAGUAGAGGUAGAAAAUGAAGGUAAAGGCAAGACAAAAUUACACAAAACCAAAAAAGCUUAAACAAAUCUGAAUUUGUAAGGUAGACAUACCUGCUAGUACAGCAUAUAAUGCCACUUAAAAGGUUCAAAUGUCCUCUUGAUUUGCUAAACUGGUCCUAAACAUUAACCAUGGUAUUUAGAUGGAAGAUUCUCACUCCUCAUACAGAGCUGAGUCUGAAUGAAUCAACUCAUUCUACUGUGCAUAAAUAUAAAAAGAAUGUUACUUAAACUGAACGAAAGCAUAAGCACUUCUGGCACCAGGACAUUGCUGAAACUCAAAAGCAAAAAAAAAAUGGCCUGCUUGCAUAAUGUUUUGCAGUGUCUAAAAAAAGAUAAUAUUCCCAUCUUCUUGGUCAUGAGCUUAUGGACUUUUACCAAAAUAGAAUAUAUUUUUGAAAGAGAGUACUGUAUGUGUACUGGGGGAAAAAUAGUAUCAUGUUAAAUCCACUUAUGUAAGCAGAGGAAAGAAUGUAUUUAAGUCAUAAAGAGGAUUAAAAUGGUCAACAUUUAAACAAUGAAACAGCAAUCACAAAGCUAUGGCUAUUGUUAGUGUGUUUACGCCAGUAUAAAUGUAUAAUAUUGAAUAUGUGUAUAUAUCGUAUGUCAGAGAUUUACUGGAAUAGACAACAUGCCAUUUCAGAAUUACAGUAUUAUUUUCUCAGAGAUUUAUUUAGUUACUGUUGUGUCCGCAAUCAUGUCCCAUUGAGUCAAAGAUGUAUUCAAUAAACUAACAUGAAUAUUACCCUCAA